CAAAGUACAUUGUAAAAUCAGUCUGCUUCGUCACGAUGGAGUCUAAGUUAACUGCUUCUUAUUUGUCAUCUAUUUUUCUCAUACUUUCUCUCAGCUUCUGCUCAUCUAAAUACACUGCUGCGGUGUACGAACACGUUACGUUCUUUGUAAUAGAAAACAAGACAGAGGUAACUCGCUCUGGAGCUUUGGAAAUCAUGAAGAAAAAUCUCGCUGUUUUCGAGACGAAAGCUGUCUUGGCGAAAUCUAAGGGGGCAGAGAUCAUAGUUUUCCCGGAAGAUGGAAUAUAUGGUUUCGAUUACACCCGUGAACAGAUUCUUCCCUUUUUGGAAGUCAUUCCAAAUCCUUCCCAACUGGAGAAGAGCUGGAAUCCCUGCAAAGAUCCAGCCCGCUAUAGCAACAUUGAAGUGUUAAGAGAACUAAGCUGUAUCGCUCAAAACUCUUCCAUUGCAGUGGUAGCCAAUAUGGGUGAUGUGCAGUACUGCGAAAAGUCAGAUCCUCACUGUCCGGGAGAUGGCAGAUACCAGUUUAAUACAGAUGUUGUGUUCGAUACGGAUGGUACAAUGCUAGCAAAAUAUCACAAACAACACCUGUUUCACGAGAAAGCGUUCAACACUCCCCAAAAACCGGAAAUCGUAAUUUUUAAGACAUCAUUUGGAGUCAAGUUUGGUGUGUUUACUUGCUUCGACAUGGUCUUCCGUGAUCCAGCGAUUGAACUUGUGGAAAACUAUGGCAUACGGAACAUUGUCUUUCCAACUGCUUGGAUGGAUGGCUUUCCUAUUAUGGCUUCAGUUGAGUAUCAACAGGCAUGGUCAAGAUUGACAUGUGUCAAUCUCUUAGCAGCCAAUCAGCAUUUCCCUCUUGCAGAUAUGGUAGGAAGUGGAAUUUACUCUUGUGGAGAUCCAUUAUCGUAUGUGUAUGAUAUGAAGACAUUUGAAGGACACCUUCUUGUUGCGCAGUUACCAGAUUUAAAUCAAGAAUGCUAUCAGCAACCUUGUCAAUCAGUCUCACUUCCAUCAACAAAAAAUGAUGACUUCAAGCAAGAAGGAUGGCAAGAAGGAGUGCCGUUCCAUUCCAAGUUGAUGAAUGACAUGUACACAUUUGUCAAACUUGACAGUGCUGAGGCUCAGGUCUCAGUCUGUGGGAGUGAGCUUUGUUGCCAUGCAAGCUACAUUACACAAAGUCAAAAGCCUUUCAGUGGAGAAAUGUUUGCAUUAGGAGCUUUCAAUGGUCACCAUGACCCAGAGGGUUACAUACUCCAGGCUUGUGUUUUGAUAAAAUGCUCCAGCAUGGAGGAGUCAUCCUGUGGUACUGCCACUCAGACUUCAUCAACUGUAUUCAAAUCAUUUCAUCUGAUGGGGAACUUUUCAACAAAGGCUUAUGUUUUUCCAGCUGUUCUGGCUUCCGAUGUGGAACUUAUACCAGCUGAGGCAAUGUCGAUAUCAGGAAAUGUUAUGAGUGUAGACUCCUUUAACAAGCCUUUAGUAUCAGCUGUUCUUGUUGGUCGAGUUUUUGAAACUGAUCAUGUUGAAAAUUAGUAACCAUCAUUACAUUUGCUUCUUUGAGUCAGCUAAGUGAAGAGGAAAAGUGAAAAUGUGCAGGGUAUAGCCCCAAAUAUUACAAUGAAAUUAUGCAGGAUUUGUAGAGUCUGUUCACAUUGUGCAAUUAAAGCAGUUCUAUUUGGCAGUAAAUUAUGUGUUCAAAUGUUUUUCAAAAGCUCAGGAAAUAUCCUUAUGCAUUUGGUAGAAUUAAGAACAUUUUUUAUUUUGAUAUGAGAUCAGUCGUGCAGAGCAAAAUGACUCACACUUGCAGGAAAUUAGAACUCAUACAAACAUUCUACUUAGUGCUGAAUUCUGAGGUUAGAGACAUUAUAUCUGUUUUUUAUUUUCAUAAUGUAGUUAAAAACUAGAAAUUUGAAUUUGAUUGUAAUGGCUGCGAAGAUUAUGCAAUGAAACCUAUUUAAAAUGUUAAUCAGACACCCUUAAAAACCUAGCAGUCAGUAGUUAUACUAGUUAUUCUUAUUGUCUGUCAUGUUAAUUCAGAGAAUUUGGCAUUGGAUCAACUAAUAAUCUCCUAAUAGAUAGUUUUCUUUAUUCUAAUCACUUGUCUGUGUAAUAUUGUACAAUUAUAGCAUAUCAUCAUCAUUUGACAGUGGUUUAUAUUGUUAGUACAAUGCUUCACCUUCUGACAUAACAUGUCCUCAAUCUAGGUUAUUUAAUGAGUGGCUUAACCCCUGAUUGUGCAUGGUAAUUUCUAUAAGAUGAUAUCUGCUAGACCACUAAUGUUGCCUUAUGCAUUGAAAGAGUAGCCUGGAAAUGUAGUCUUCCCCUCCUCCCCCCUGCCCCCAGAGAAUGCACUCUAGCUACAUACAUUUAGCCAUGUGUACAGAGUAUGGCUAGGAGACAAGUAAUACAGAAAAUGUAUUUAAAGAGGAAUUUAUGAAAUUUUGAGUUAGGUAGCUAGUACAUGAGGAGCCUUAUUGUGUUGAAAGUCACAAGACUCUUUUAACCCUUCAGCUCCUAAGAUCUCAUCAGUAAUUCUCCUUAUCUUCUGCCAUAUUUUGGACAAUUUGGUAUUAGAUCAACUACAAAUCCCCAAAUUAAUAUUUUUCUUUAUUCUCAUCACUUGUCUGUUUGAUAUUGUACUGAUAUUGUAAGGAGAAAUUCUGUCUUGGUCACUCAUGGGAGUUAAAGGGUUAAAAGGAAAAAUGCCCCUUUAGGGUGGACUAUCAUAUUAACUUAAUUGCCAUAACAUAACAAAAAAAGAAUGUAUUUUACCUGACAUUUUUGCUUAGUUCAGGUUGUGUAGCAAUCUCAGGCUCAAUUGGGAGUCUGUUGCCGAUAACCACAAGUUUUUCCUGAGUACAAGUUUUGUUUUGUUUUGAAGUUCAUACAGAGUUAGGGAUGAAAAGUGUGGAAUUUAAACAAAGUUCAUUACUUGAAUGUUUAACUCUAUUAUUAUUUAAUUAAAUUACUGGAGACUUUUGUUGAUCAGGACAAUGCAAUGUGAUGUUAUUGGCUUUGUACCAAAGGCCCAGUUUUAUUCAAAACUUCACAAUUAUCAAACAAUUUAGGUAGCUCUGUCCAUUAUAAUUCAAUUAUUAAAAA